GUAUUUAGCAACACCCUAUGUGAUAUCCAAUGAAAGUUUUUCGAAACUUAACAGCCAAAUCAAACUUUUUAACAUUGGGUCACCUCGUUUGUCAAAUCGACCAAAUGAACCGAGUGUAGCCGGGUGUGCCCGAGUCACAACUUUUUCCGUUUCAGUUCCAAGUUCACCGUCCGGCGAACACAGAUGCAAAUGGCGACGAUUGAUGAUCAAGCGCCAAGCUGGGAAGAAAUCGACCGAGCCGAAAAUUACCUCGUUUGCCGCAUGUUCGAGCAGGCGGAGGCUCUAUCGUCCUCUGUUAUUAUGCGAUUGCUGCAAAAUUUGAACAGCGGCAAGGACUCGGAAGGUUUCGAAGACGGUUGGGAUGAUAUGGCUGAAUCAGCUGGAAUGAUUUUGGUGCAAUCCUUGAAAGAAUUGGGAAGGACCUUAGAAGUAUCAGAGGAGCUCACGUUGUUGUUUGGUUCAGUAAAUGGUAUACCUGUUCAAGUUCUCAUCACCGGGGUGUGUUUGCACAUAUCAGAGAACCUUUUGACUGCAGCUCGAGGCUUGCUUGAGGAAUUUUUGAACAAUUGGAAGUUUGUUGGUGACCGUUAUUAUCCUCACUUGGGCUCAGUGGAUGGUGUAUCCCCCAGUGAAGGAUCAUCCUUUACGUUUUCUGUUGGAAUUGAUGAGUAUUUAGAGGUUGUUGAGCUAUAUGUGAUAACACUUCUAGCUACGACUUUAAAUGACUCAGAGCUUGCCAUAUCUUGGGUGGAGAAAGCCAUGCUGCCAGUUGAGAAGCGUCAUGAGCUUUUGAGGAAACUACAGUCCAUAAAUUCAUCUGUCACCAGUUCAUCCCAAAAUUCUGUAUCAACUGAGCUUUCAGAUCAAUUCUUCUCAGGGGACCAAGAACAGUAUAAAGCACACCACAAAGAUGUUGAAUCUAAGUACCUCUCCUCGAGGAUGAAUAUCACAGCAAAAGAUGAGAUUGUGAAGCUUUCUCGACAAAGAGCUCCAUGCUUCUGGUUGUUCCGUAACAUCAGGUUAAAGUUAGGCAAUACUGAAUUAGUAGUAUCCAGUGGGAAGUUACUCCUGGCUUCUCUCCUAUUGCUUAUGUACUAUUUCGCAAGGAAAAAACAGGCAACGUUGAAGAGGCUUCUUGUUGAGAAAGCCGUGUCUGUAAAAAAGGGUUUUGUGGACUUGUGGCAGCUUGUGUUUUCACAUCAGGUGAACCCUCUUGCUGCUGUUCAGACAUUGCCUACUGCAACACGUGCAAACCACGGAUAAGCAUUUCUCGGCAUAUAUAUCCAAACAAUAAAAACUGAAUAUUAAAAGUGCUAGAACCAAAAAAUGAGUUUGGAGUUUGAAAUCUUUGUACAUUUAUGAGGCCUUGAACGUUAUACCAUGUAUUUUAGCUGAUUCAAUGUCUUUAUUACAAGCUAGUUUGAUACAAAAUCUGUGUUUUGGUUUGUUAAUCAAGCUUAUCGUAGUGUAGAAUUGACAUAGUUGUCUUAUGGACUGAAAAAUCAAGAGACUCAGAAAGAUUGAUAUCAGUUUCAAAACUGAGAUUGUACAGCACAGUUAUCUUUGAAUUUUAUAAUUGUGUUUUUCUAAGAGAUUCCAGUUUUGGUCAUACAAACCAGCAUUUGUUAUAAAAAC